CCCAAACGAAUAAGGCGGUCCAUCCAUCCAUUUUCUGUUCCGCUUUAUUCCUCACAAGGUUCGCGGGGGGGGGAUAAGGUGGUCCUCAAUAUAAUUACGAGUAAUUAGUUUCCAUCUUACGUCACACCUAACUGUUGCCGGGCAGAGCGGUGGUCCGGUACGUCAGUAUUUCAUUUUCUGCCGCAGCGCCCUCCGUAGACGCGCAGCGGCACUGCAGGGGGGAUACAGGUGAGGAGUGACGUCUCGAUCUCGUCCAACUUUGAGAGCCGGCCAAGCAGCACGCCUCGAAGCUUCCUCAGCAGUAUCGGACGCCGCGAGCGCCUAUCGCGUCCCAUUUGCGCUGGCGGGUUGCAGCCGAGUCGCUCCGGGUGACUUUGGGCGGACGUCGGAAGCGAAAGGUGUUCUGACGAUUGUCCGCUUUGUGUCGCUCGGUGACGCCGCCCGACGUGGCUCGGCUCCACUCGCGAGAGAAGGCGCCCGAAAGGACUCGAGGGCUCCCCUCGCUUCUCGCCUCCUCCACAUGACUUCGUUGACGCUCGUGUCCCCUUACCCCAUUUAUUUCUUCGACCAGCCUGCACCGCCGCGAAGUAAGAAGGGCAAAGUUGCGAAUGUGCCAAAACCCAAAGAGGAAAAGAAGGAAAAAAGGUCUGAAAAUGGCAAACCAUUGAAGCUUGUGAAAAAAGCGAAAAGCGACGAUCUCCCGGAGACCUGGGCGAGGGAGGACACGUGCGAGGAUGACUCCGCGGAAGACGAGAACGAGGACCCGCUGGCCAGCCAGAAGCGGGCCGCCCCUCGCUUGCUGAACGAAUUGGGUCGCCUGCUGUACCGCAACCGCGGCGCCUCCCUGCAGCUGGGCGACAUCCUCAACUACUCGGCCGACGCCGCGCUCAAGCAGCCCAAGGAGGCCAAAGAUGCGGCCCGCCGCCAGGCGGCCAGGAGGAAAAAGUCUCAGAAGAAGCCCUCAAAAACAAACCAAGACGCAACAGAUGUUGCAGCGGUAGCCGGCGAAGUGUCCGCUGUCAGUCCCACAUCCGCGGAAGACAUGAUCUCCGGCAGCGGUCAAGAUCCAGAUUGGUUGGCUUUGCCGCUGCAGGCCUUGGACGAAGCCACGCCUCCUGCCAGGAGCUUGUGCCAGUGGGUGGUGGAGAGACUCAAGGCCAGCGCAAGUUCACACGUCAAACCGCGAGUGAUGGAUCAGGUGCCGAGUUCUCCCAUCCUCCGUCACUACGUGGACGCCAAGUCCGGAAUUAAGACCCACAGUCUGCUGAGCGUGCCGAGCGAAGCCGAGGAAGUGACCCCCUGGCGGCCGCCGCCGCUGAAGAAACUGCAUUGCAGGGUCGCCAACGGGAGCUCCUUCAUCUACUACCCGUCGGGCAACAUGGCCGUGUGCCACAGCCACUCGGGUCUGCCGUCGGGGGGCUUCUGCACCAACGUGUUCACCGACAGCCACGACGCGCCCGUCAUCCUGGCCACCGUCACCGCGUCGGGCCACGGUUCCGCCUCUCACCCCGUCAGCUCGGCGGUGACGGCCUUGUGGGACCAGCACGGCGGAUUCUUGUGCGACCGGGAGGGCAACCUCAAGAAGGAGUGGUGCUGGAAGACCGACCAAGACCAGGAGAAGAUCGUCGUCAAGCUAGCAAAGGGCAUCUCGCUGCGGCUGCUGAGCGGCACCACGGCGCUGCUGUGCUUCAAGUGUGACGACAACAAAGUCCAGCUCCCGCUCUCGCUCGCCCCGUCCUCCGCAAAGGAAGCGGAGGCCGACCAGACCUUCCCGGAGGAGACGGCCGGGACCUUGUCGGCGCGUUGGAAGAAAGGAUGUCACGCCGUGGGCGAGCUGAGCAAACUUCGCAAGAAAGUCAGAGACAUCCUCAACGCCUGGCUGGACUAUUAUCGCACCGCCACCGGUCUGAAGCGCGGUGAGAAAAAGCCAAAGGUCGCCAAGGGCAAGCACAAGAAGCGGGCGCUUUUGGCCAAGAAGACGCUGGAGCGGGCCAAGGCCAGAGAAAAAGUGCCGGAGAAACUCGAGCAGCCUGCCAAGAAAACGCCGCGGGAAGCUCCCGCCAAGACCAGGGUCCCCGCAAAGAACACCAAGGAGCACAGCAUGUUACAGAUCGGACCCCUGCGUAUCCUCGGCAACAUCAAACAGGAGUUGGUGGUCGUCCCGGACUAUUCGGCCUCGCGCCUGUGCAGCCUGCCUCACUUCCCCGCGCGGUCGGACCUGCCGCCCUCGGUGCCGCUCACCGUGUGCCCGCCGCUGCUGCGGGCGGCCCUGCUCCAGCGGCCGAAAGGCCGGGCGCCCAAGAGGUGCCGCUGCAGCACGGCGCUGAUGCCCGUGCUGCAGGACGCCGAGUACGACGCCUUCAUCACGGGCCAGCCGCGGCACAGCCAGCAGAUCCUGGUGGUGGCGGUCACGUUGCCCGCCAAGCCCGGGGCCACGCCCGAGCCGGACGCCCUCCAGCAGCUCUACCGCAGGAGCAACAGGAAGAGGACCAUGCCCUGCGCCCAGUGCCAGAUGGACUCGUUUCGUCUGGUGAGGUACGAAGUGUCCACGGGGGCCUUGGGCUGCCCGGUGGACAACAUCCUCUUGCAGCAUCGCCACAACGUCGCCGCCGGCAUGAUCCUGUGGGCGCACCUGCUCCGCCUCGGACCUUCGGAAGCAGAUUUUGAGAACCAGGGAGGACUACAGGUUGGGUGUCAGCCUCCCUCCCGAUUACAAAUUCAGCGAGAGCGCAAAGGUCAGCGCGGGCUGCUCGGAAGCCUCCAACGCAAAUAAAGUGGAAGAAUCGGCGCCGACGCUCACCAAUGACAUCGCUCCGGAAAAAGAAUACGUCGCCGAGACGACGUGAGUCAAGCGGAAGAGGCAAAGGACUUUUUCAACGGCUUGCCUUAGACCGUACGCUAGUUGUUCCGCUCUGUCAUUUACUUCAUGAGGAAAAAUAAUAAUAACAAAUAAAGAAAAGCUUCAGCCUAUUUCCCAUCACCAUGUUUUUCUCCAAUUGAAAAACCUCAGCUCCACCGUCCGCGCCUCCGGCAGAAGAGUCUCCGGGUGAUCCGAAAGCCUGGACCGGUCAAGUGAGCCACGUCUUCGCCUCUCUCAGAAGGCAAUGUGGAUGAUGAAUGUUAAUGAUUGUCAGAGGAUUGAUAAUCUGUGCACUGUUGCAAUCUUUGUCUCAUAUGUCCUGUAUAAAAACUGAACCUACUUGAAGCAUGCGCACAAAGUGUCUGGCUAAAUCACUCUUUCCAGCUCUGGCGAUGCCUUGAACAAACAAAGCUCUGAGGAGGAGCAAAGAAAGGAGGGCCGAUUUCGCUGAUCUGUAAAUAAAUAAUCAGCAUC